CAUGAAAAUAAACUACAUCAGGAAUAAUUGUUAAAAUCGUCUAAUCUUUAUUUAAUCCUUACAUGAAAACACUGUAACAAUAUUACAAAAUCCAUACUCUAAAUAAUAAUAAAUAAAUUAAAAAAAAGUGAAGAGUGUCGUUAGCGGUGUUAUUUCCAUACUUUCGAGUUGGAUCUUAAACGCAACACCACAUCGAAACAUGGCGCCGGCCAAGAAACGCAACGUGAGUUCUGCAAAGACACCUGAAUUAAGAGCAAAAACGACCAAAAUCGAUCUAAACGACAAAGUCGAGUGUAUACUGAAGAACAGGAAAAACGCCAACGACGUAUUUGACCUACUGGAGUUCCUUCAGUCAGAAAAGGAGAAAGAUGUCAUCAGUGCCGUCAGUUCAUGCAGCAAACUCUUCUGUACGCUACUGGAAAAGAAAUGGCUGUUCAGAGGAAAACUGCCGGCGGAGGAGAAGGCGUUGAGUGGUAACUAUAGCGCUGAGGAGAAGUACCACAUCUUUAUGAGACACAGAUACAACAGCUGUGUAGAGAUUCUGCUUGAUCUCCUCAGCCACGAUGUUUACAAUAUUAAGGAGAGCGCCCUCUGUUGCCUGAUGCAGUUUGCUGCUGGGGAAGGACAGCAUCCUCUGGAAGACAUGGACUGGAGUGAACAUUACAGAUUCCCUUGGGAACUCAUCCAGAAAGUAGUAGAUGGACUGCUGUCCCAAACUACCGACAAUUCCAUGCUGAUCUCCAGAUACCAGGAAUUCCUUGAGAUGGAAGACGUACGCUUCUAUACAAUGAGCUCGAUCUGCAGGGGUGUGGGCCGCGUGAUGAAGAAGAACCAAUGGGCAGUGGCACCCAUUUACCAGAACAACGUGUUCACCCUCAUGUCUAACAUCAGUUUGCCGAGUCAGCAGUCGGAGGUCGUCAACUUUAUGGUCCAACAGGAAGCUAAGCACGACGACUGGAAACCUGCCAAACUUAACGAGCACAAACGUUUGUUUGAGAAAAUGUGGCUCGGCUUUCUCAAGCAUAAAUUGCCCAGCGGCAUGUACAAACAGGUGCUGGUCAUUCUUCACGACUCUAUUCUGCCCCACAUGAGUAAACCCACCAUGAUGUUUGACUUCUUGACCGCUGCCUACGAAGUUGGAGGCGCUAUCAGCCUGUUGGCCCUCAAUGGCCUUUUUAUCCUCAUACACCAACACAACCUAGAUUACCCUGACUUCUACAAGAAACUUUACAAUCUACUGGAGCCCUCAGUUUUCCACGCGAAAUACAGGGCGCGCUUUUUCCAUUUAGCCAACAUUUUUCUCAGCUCCAGUCACCUACCAGUCUACCUGGUAGCGGCGUUUGCCAAACGCCUGGCCCGUUUGGCUCUCACAGCUCCGCCCACAGCCAUCCUCAUAGUGCUGCCCUUCAUCUACAACCUGAUCCGUCGCCACCCGUCCUGCAGAAUCCUUAUUCACAAGCCCAGCGCAGAGGAUGAGGUGCUGGAGGAUCCAUACAUUAUGGAUGAAGAGGAUCCUGGCCAGUGUCACGCCUUAGAGAGCAGCUUAUGGGAGAUAAAGACUUUGCAAAAACAUUACCACCCUGAUGUUUCCAAAACUGCUUUGAUGAUCAACACACCACUUCCGGAAAAAGAGGUUGACAUCAACGAGGUGCUGGAGACAACCACCUACGAGCUGAUGGAACGAGACCUGAAACAGACCCAGAACAAGAACAUCCCUCUGGAGUUUGAGACUGCCUCGCAGCUACUGAGGGAAGGAGAUGUGUUGGGCCAACACUUUUGUCUGAAUUAGAACCGGUCAAAGAUAUUUCAGGAACCGCUACAUAUAUCAAUGUAAAAAAAAAAAAAAGAAAUCUAAAUACAUGCUAAUGGACAAAACAGUCUUGCUAUUGUAAGAAGACAAGGGCUCCUCAAGUUUGAUGUCUUUGUUACAUUUUGAAUAAAAGGAUUUCUAAGA